ACUGCUUUAGUGUGGUAUGCUCAGUUCUUAUGGAAGAGAAGGAAUCUUUAUAUUCAUUCCUGGAAGGUAGACGGUCCAUUUUCACUUCCGUUUAUUGGUUGUGGAUAUCUAAUAUUGGGGAAAACGGAGAGUGUGAUUAGUAUCAUUUUGAAGUUACAAAAUAAAAUACCAUCGAAAUUAUUGAGGAUGUGGUUGGGUCCCAGACUAAUAUAUUUUGUAGUAGAUCCUGAACACAUAGAGAAAGUGCUGAAUCAUCCAAAAGCUCUGGAUAAGGAGCCCGUUUACAAAUAUGUAGCUAAUGUAAUUGGAUUGGGUUUGCUGACAGCUCCAGUCAAGAAAUGGAAGUACCACAGAAAACUCCUAGCUCCUUCUUUCAAUCAGAAAAUACUGGACACUUUUGUAGAAGUUUUCGCAGAACAGAGUAUUACAUUUGCGGACCAACUGAAGACCGUGAUUGGACAAAAAAAAUUCGACCUAUACCUCUUGGCAUCAAGAUGUACUUUGGACAUAAUUUGUCAAACGGCAAUGGGGGUGAACAUGAAUAUUCAAAAGGAAAAAGGAACUUAUGGUGUGAUUUUAGACAGGGCUAUGGAGAUUUUGACUUACAGGAUUUUCAGAGUAUGGUACCAUGUGGAUCUAUUAUGGAAUUUUUCUCCUUCUGGAAAGAUACUCGAUAGAUGUAUGCAAGUUAUUCAAGAUAUAACUGGCUCUGUUGUUUCGAAAAAGAUAGCUAAAUACAAGAAGGAUGUGGAAUUCAAGCAAUCUUGUACAGAUGCUGAGAUUGAAGAAGAACCUGUAUACAAACGAUUGGCCUUUUUGGACUUGAUUCUGAAGAAUUCGGUUUUCACAGAACUGGAAUUGAGAGAAGAAGUCGAUAUAAUGUUGGCAGCAGGCACCGAAACAACUGCAUCUUCAAUCUGCUGUUUGUUCACAAUGUUGGGAAUGUAUCCUGAUAUCCAGGAAUUUUGCAAGAAAAAUGUUGCAAGUGAUGUCCCCUAUACAGGAUAUACUACCAAUCAACCAAUAGCAGCUAUCUUUGCUCGAUCGAUUGAGGAAGAUAUAGAUAUUGGGGAUGCAAUCUUACCAGCAGGAAGUUCUGUUGCCUUUAACACCGUCCACAUUCAUCGCAAUCCUGAAUACUGGGUGGAUCCACUAAAAUUUGACCCGGAUAGAUUUUUACCAGAAGAAGUUGCCAAACGACAUCCAUGCACAUAUAUUCCAUUUUCGUACGGACCUAGGAACUGCAUAGGUUGGAAAUAUGCCAUUGCCAACAUCAAAACGAUAAUUUCAACUGUCAUCAGACGGUACAGGAUUUUCACUGAAUACAAAUCCAUAGAGGAGAUAGACUUGAAAAUAAACCUACUGCUGAGGAUGAAGGAUGGACCAAAAGUGUGGUUAGAAUAUAGAGGACAAGAGCACUGAAAAUGAUUUUCGUGGGACUGGAAAAUAUAAUACCAACAGGUUGUAACACUUUUAGUCACCAUCUACUUUUGCAGCUUCAGGAAGAUAUUGGUAUCACAGGAAUCUGCUUGCAGCUCUUCAAAAAAGUUAUUUUAACAAUAGAACUCAGUCUGUUAAUGUUGAUAGUGUACUCAGUGACGUGAAGCUGAUUGAUUAUGGAGUACCACAAGGUACAGUUCUAGGGCCUAUGGUUGUUUGAAGGUGAUUCGUUAUUAUAAACUUAUUAUGGAUGUCUGAAUUGUAACCAAUACAUAAAUGAAUUUACAAAAUAUAUUGAAUAACAAGA